AUGGGGGGCAGCCUGCGGGUGGCGGUGCUGGGCGCCCCGGGCGUGGGCAAGACAGCCAUCAUCCGCCAGUUCCUAUUCGGUGACUACCCCGAGCGCCACCGGCCCACGGACGGGCCGCGCCUCUACCGGCCCGCGGUGCUGCUCGACGGCGCCGUCUACGACCUGAGCAUCCGCGACGGCGACGGUGCUGGCCCCGGUCAGAGCCCCGGGGGGCUAGAGGAGUGGCCGGACCCUAAAGGCUGGAGCUUGCAGGACACGGACGCCUUCGUGCUCGUCUAUGAUAUCUGCAGCCCAGACAGCUUCGACUAUGUGAAGGCGCUGCGGCAGCGCAUCGCGGACACCAGACCGGCGGGCGCACCCGAGGCGCCCAUCCUUGUGGUGGGCAACAAGCGGGACCGGCAGCGGCUGCGGUUCGGGCCUCGGCGCGCACUGGCUGCGCUAGUGCGCAGGGGCUGGCGCUGUGGAUACCUCGAGUGCUCAGCCAAGUACAAUUGGCACGUGCUGCGUCUCUUCCGCGAGCUGCUGCGCUGCGCUUUGGUGCGCGCACGCCCUGCGCAUCCGGCUCUGCGCCUGCAGGGGGCGCUGCAUCCGGCGCGCUGCAGCCUCAUGUGAUCGAAUUGGACGACACCGCCAAUGGCGGGGAGGGGUCCUCCAUUUGACUGGAACAACUGGGGACCCGGAUUGGACGAGAUUGCCCAACUUCUCUCGGAUUGGACAGGACAGUCUCCUCCCUGAUUGGCUGAGGAACGCUCCCACCCAAUCUCCUGGGCGACAGGCUUCUCUUUGAAUCUCAUUGGACCCAGCUAGGCCCCAUUGGACAGUCCUUUCUGGGACCUCAUUGGGUCACGAUCCCAUUGGAUGGAAGGGACUUGGUUAUGCAUCUGAUUGGAAGCUCUCAGACUGCUCUUGGAGUUUCAUUGGACAAACAGUUAAAUCCCGCCUCUCAGGAGGAAAUAAAGGGGGAAACAACUCAAGUGCACCUGGCACUUCUGGAUGGCAGGAUAAUCUUAAACCUAAAGGUCAGAGCUGCAAGGCGUUGCCCCUUGGCAAUUAACUCCAGAAUCCCAACCUGUAAUGAGGGCCCCCAAAUGGGUGUGAUGGCCCCAAGGCUGAGUCCCCAAGAAGCAGACACAAGCAGCUGGAACAAAACUUUACUGUCAGGCUCUGCAGGGCCACAGGACCUCAGGAAGGGUCCUUAUUGGGCUGGCCCAGCCCCCUCUAAGGCAUUCAAUAAUAUUAGUAAUUAAAUAGCAAUGCUCAUCCCCC